GUUUCCCAAAACCCAGAUGAGCUCUCUCCACUAAUGAAUGAAUCCAUUAUGAGAGUCCAACAGAAACUGAAAAAUGACAUGAAGAAGAAGUUUGAAUGCAUAUCUGAAGAUCUAGCAAAUCGGGGCCACCCAGCCCUCCUCAAUGAGAUGGAUACAGAGCUCUACAUCACAGAGGGGGGAAGUGGGGGGUUGGCAUCCCAGAGACAAACCACACAGGAGACUGCAGUCCUCUGCAAGGACAUCUUUAAACCUUUACCUGGCCAAAGCAAAGCUAUUAGAACUGUGCUGACAAAUGGGAUCUCCGGCAUUGGAAAAACUGUCUCUGUGCAGAAGUUCAUUCUCAACUGGGCAGAAGGAAAAGCCAAUCAGGACAUUAGUUUUAUCUUCCCUCUUCCUAUUCGAAAUCUGAAUUUGAAAAAGGGGAGAAAAUUCAGUCUGAUGCAACUUCUCCAGCACUACUUUCCAGAACUGAAAGAGAUUCAAAGUGUUGAACGUGAUGAAGUCAAAGUUUUGUUCAUCUUUGAUGGUCUGGAUGAGUGUCGCCUUCCUCUAGAUUUCCAGAACAGUGAGAUCUUGGGUGAUGUAACAAAAUCAACAUCAGUGGAUGUCUUGCUGGUAAACCUCAUUAAGGGAAAUUUGCUUCCGUCUGCUCUCCUCUGGGUCACCUCCCAACCAGCGGCAGCCAGUCAGAUCCCUCCUGUGUCUGUCCACCGGGUGACAGAGUUACGAGGAUUUAAUGACUCACAGAAGGAGGAGUACUUCAGGAAGAGAAUCAGUGAUCAGAACCUGGCCAGCAGCAUUAUCUCACACAUGAAGUCAUCCAGGAGUCUCUACGUCAUGUGUCACAUUCCAGUCUUCUGCUGGAUUUCUGCUACUGUGCUGGAGAAACUGAUGGGUGGAGCUGACAAUGGAGAAAUCCCCAAAACUGUGACUGGAAUGUACACACACUUCCUGCUCAUUCUGACCAAUGUGAAGAAUCUGAAGUAUCAUGACACCAAUGAGUCAAAUCCAAAGGAGAUGUCAAUAUCAGACUCAGAAAUCAUCCUUAAACUGGCACGGAUGGCUUUUCUGCAGCUGGAAAAGGGAAAUCUGAUAUUCUAUAAAACAGACCUGAGAGAAUGUGGCAUUGAUGUCAGCAAAGCAUCAGCCUACUCUGGCGUGUGCACAGAAAUCUUUAAAGAGGAGUCUGGGUUGCAUCAGGAGAAAGUCUACUGCUUUGUGCAUCUGAGUAUUCAGGAGUAUCUGGCUGCCUUGUUUGUGUUUCAUUCAUGUGUAAAUGAGAAGAGAAAUGUACUCAGAUCUGUCAAAUCAAAACCUCAAGUGGAUCAGGCAUUACAGAGCAAGAACGGACAUCUAGACCUUUUCCUCCGAUUCCUUCUUGGCCUCUCAUUGGACUCCAAUCAGAGCCUUCUGCAAGGCCUUCUGACACAGACAGGAAGCAGAUCACAGAGCAUCGAGGAAACAGUUAAGCACAUUAAGGAGAAGAUCAGAGAGGAAUCUUCAGUAGAGAGGAGCAUCAAUCUGUUCCACUGUCUGACUGAACUGAAUGACAACUCUCUGGUGGAGAAAAUCCAGAUUUCCCUGAAAUCAGGAAAACUUUCUGAUAAAAAGAUGGAACCACGCCAAUGUUCAGCUCUGGCCUUUGUGUUGCUGAUGUCACAGGAGGUCCUGGAUGUGUUUGACUUGAAGACAUACAAAACAUCAGCAGCAGGCCAUCGGAGACUGUUACCAGUAGUCAAGAACUGCAGGAAGGCCAUACUGGACAGCUGUAACCUGACAGAGACGUCAUGUGACACUGUGGCCUCCGCUCUCCAGUCAGUCCCUUCACACCUGAUAGAGUUAGACCUGAGCUACAAUGAGCUGGGAGAUUCAGGAGUAAAGCGGCUCUGUGCUGGACUGAAGAGUCCAAACUGUAAACUACAGAGACUGAGACUGGACAGCUGUAACCUGACAGAGAGGUCAUGUGACACUGUGCCCUCUGCUCUCCAGUCAGUCCCCUCACACCUGAUAGAGUUAGACCUGAGCUACAAUAAGCUGGGAGAUUCAGGAGUGAAGCAACUCUGUGCUGGACUGAAGAGUGCAAACUGUAAACUACAGAGACUGAGACUGGACAGCUGUAACCUGACAGAGACGUCAUGUGACACUGUGGCCGCCGCUCUCCAGUCAGUCCCCUCACACCUGAUAGAGUUAGACCUGAGCUACAAUAAGCUGGGAGAUUCAGGAGUGAAGCGGCUCUGUGCUGGCCUGAAGAGUCCAAACUGUAAACUACAGAGACUGAGACUGGACAGCUGUAACCUGACAGAGACGUCAUGUGACACUGUGGCCUCCGCUCUCCUGUCAGUCCCCUCACACCUAAUAGAGUUAGACCUGAGCUACAAUAAGCUGGGAGAUUCAGGAGUGAAGCGGCUCUGUGCUGGACUGAAGAGUCCAAACUGUAAACUACAGAGACUGAGACUGGACUGCUGUAACCUGACAGAGACGUCAUGUGACACUGUGGCCUCCGCUCUCCAGUCAGUCCCCUCACACCUGAUAGAGUUAGACCUGAGCUACAAUAAGCUGGGAGAUUCAGGAGUGGAGCGGCUCUGUGCUGGACUGAAGAGUCCAAACUGUAAACUACAGAGACUGAGACUGGACAGCUGUAACCUGACAGACACAUCAUGUGUCACUGUGGCCUCCGCUCUCCAGUCAGUCCCCUCACACCUGAUAGAGUUAGACCUGAGCUACAAUAAGCUGGGAGAUUCAGGAGUGGAGCGGCUCUGUGCUGGACUGAAGAGUCCAAACUGUAAACUACAGAGACUGAGUUUCAGAGAGAGUAAUCUCACUGACGGCUGCUGUGAUGAUUUGGCCUCAGUCCUGCGUUCAUCCCACUCAGAGCUGAGAGAUCUGGAGCUGAGGGAUAAUGAUCUGCAGGAUGCAGGAGUGAGAGCGCUCUCUGCUGGACUGGAGGACCCACACUGUAAACUGCAGAGACUGGGGCUGUCAGGCUGUCGAAUCACAGAGACAGGCUGUGCUUGUGUGGCUUCAGCUCUGCGCUCAAACCCCUCACACCUGAGAGAGCUGGAUCUGAGCUACAAUCUCCCCGGGGACUCGGGAGUGAGAGCGCUCUCUGCUGGACUGGAGGACCCCAGCUGUAAACUGGAGACACUGCUAGUGGACCAUGGAGGAGAGAACAGGAACAAACCAGGACUGCGAAAAUAUGCCUGUCAGCUCACACUGGAUCCCAACACAGCACACAGAUACCUGUCUCUGUCUGAGGGGGACAGGAAGGUGACAAACACACAGCAGCAGCCAUAUCCUGAUCACCCAGACAGAUUUGACUGCUGGCCCCAGCUGCUGUGCAGAGAGGGUCUGUGUGGGACUCGCUGUUACUGGGAGGCUGAGUGCAGUGGCAGAGGGGAGGUUUUUAUAGCAGUGACAUAUAAAGGAAUCAGCAGGAAAGGACGAGGUGAUGACUGUGUGUUUGGAAGGAAUAUAAACUCCUGGAGUCUGCGCUACUCUGAUGGCCGUUACUCUUUCUGGCACAAUAAUAAUGUCACAGACAUACCCCCUCCCCCCUCCCCCUCCCGCAGAGUAGGAGUGUAUCUGGACUGGCCGGCUGGCACUCUGUCCUUCUACAGCGUCUCCUCUGACACACUGACCCUCCUGCACAGAGUCCACAGCACCUUCACUCAGCCCCUCUAUCCUGGGUUUGGAGUUUAUAAUCCUCUCUUUAGUUUUUCUUCUUUUUACACCUCAGUGUCUCUGUGUCAGCUGGAGUAG